AUGGCUUCUAACACAAGUUUCCUCCUCUUCGCCACCGUCACUCUUCUCCUCGUCCUCAACACCUCCGGCAGGACACUCCCGGCGACUGUGGAUUCCACCGACAUUGCGGCCAGGCUUACCGGAGGAGGACUAAUGGAGUGUUGGGAUGCACUCUACGAGCUGAAAUCAUGCACCAACGAGAUCGUUCUCUUCUUCCUCAACGGAGAGACCAAACUCGGCGAGGGUUGCUGUCACGCCGUCGGAGUUAUCACCACCGAUUGUUGGCCGGCGAUGCUUACUUCUCUUGGUUUUACCUCUGAGGAAACGAAUGUCCUUCGCGGCUUCUGUCAAUCUCCAAAUUCCGGUGGUUCUUCUCCGGCUCCUUCCCCUUUGAAACUUUGA